AUGCUAGCGAUUCCCAAAUACAUCUUUAAGUUGUUUCUAUUGUCUUUUGCCGUUUGGAUUAUUCUCUCAACGGCAAUUCCUCAGAUUUCCAUGAAAUUUCACAAUCACCAUAUCCAGACGAAUACCUUCAUCCGGCCUAAUUACCCAUACAACUCCAUCACAUCACCUACGCCAUUACCCAUCCGCAAUUCGACGGUCUACUUUGUCAUUGGCCACCCAGACGAUGAGGUGAUGUUCUUUUCUCCCUCAUUGGUGGAGAUCUCCAAGCCUAAACAUGGAAAUCAUGUGAGAUUGGUAUGCUUUUCUCGUGGAGACGCUGUCCACGAGUCGUUUGCUAGUAUCAGGUCGCAGGAGCUUCGUGCUUCCGCCAGAAUUAUAGGCGUGGCUGACGAAGAUGUUAUCAUUCUCGACUAUAAAGAUGGAAUGGAUAUCACAUGGAGAAGCAACGACGUGGCACAAAGCUUGGGUGAUAUCAUCAGCACAAAGCCCGACAAGAAUAUCGUUGUAAUCACGUUUGAUGCUCAUGGAGUCUCAGGCCAUGCCAACCACAUUUCGCUUUAUCAUGGUACCAAGGAGUUUUUCCGGUCCAAGGUGGGAAAUAACGAUAGCUUCCGACUUUAUGUAUUGAAGUCGUUGAACUUUUGGGAAAAGUACUCUUUCACAUUGCUCACCAAUGUGGAAUUGUUUUUCGAUUUAUUGUCCCGCCAUGUUUUCAGCAGCCUUUUGAAGAUCAAUGUUAAUGUGAGCUUCUUCAACCAGUUCAAUGGCAACCAGGUGUCACUGGUGAAGGUGUACUCUGAUCUCAAUAUGUUGAGUGUUUCAUAUGCUGCUAUGGCAUAUGGUCACUUCUCCCAGAUGGUGUGGUUCCGCUACGGCUGGAUUCUAUUCAGUCGGUAUUUGACUUAUAACCAUUUGGUACAGAUUCAGUAA